CGCUAGAACACCGGUCACAGUUUUUGCAUCUUGCUUAUGUUUUGCUUGACCUUGAAGGUCAGUGCACCUGCACCUGCAAUUUGAAGCCGAGCUCACACGAUUAUACAUACCAAAUCCUCGUCAAAUCAGACGACGAGCCCCGAAACUUUUCUUUGCAUCGAACCGAGACAGCUAUCACUGCCACUGCUUCCAAGGGCGACAUCAGCAUACCCAUCAUGACUUCGACGGAGCAGCCUACCAGACAGCUAGAGCCCAUCUCUAACUCGUCUACUUCAAACUCUUCGUUUGAUCUCGUCUGCAUCGGUUUUGGAGCUGCCCAGCUAGCAACCGCCAUUGCGAACCGGGAAGCUCGCAAACCUUCCAAUAUACUAUUCCUCGAGCGAAAGCCUUCAUUUUCAUGGGGUUCAGGCUCCCAUAUUGCCAGGACACGCAUGGAAAGCCCAUUCAUCUAUGACCUCGCCACGAUUCGGAAUCCAAGAACAGCGUUCAGCUACGUCAACUAUUUGCUCGCUCGCGGUCGUCUCGUUGAGUUCGCAAACUCCGACCGUUUGAAUCCUCUACGAGAGGAAUUUGAGGAUUAUAUGAAAUGGUCCGCGGAUCAAUUCAAGGACCAAGUGCGGUACGGCUGUGAAGUUGUUGGCGUAGCUCCAGAAACAGAAGCCAGCACAGUAAAGAGUUGGAGGAUUGCAGUGAAGGAUGGCAAUGGAAAGUCGUACACCGUGCGGACAAAGAGCAUUAUCGCACCAUCCCUAUCACAACAAAGCAGUACAAAGCCAAGCGUCUUAACCACUGUCGAUUUUCUUUCUGGACAACGAAUUAUCCCGAUGAACGACUACUUUUCAAGAAGAAUCGAGCUUCGUGGCUUUUGCGAGCCGCGAUUAAAUGUCUCUGUUGUGGGAUCUGGUCAACAAACUCUGGAAACCAUAGACGAUCUACUGUCCUGCCCUCAUUUGGGCAAUAUUACGGUCGUGACGCAAGAUGAGUCUCUGGCUCCAUUAAGGAUCCUCGGCGAGCAAGAGCCACCAAAGCCGCAACUAUGUUCAAUCUGGGCUACACCGUCAGGCGAACGACAGCCUUCAGUCACCGAAACGUCGGAGCUCAUCCAGAACAUCUAUUCGCGUGCAUACGAGAAACAGGUCGCUAGUAAAGGCGAGUGGACGUUCCGUGUCUUCAUCGGCCAAGAUGCAGCUGCGCCAUGCUCCAAGUCGGACUUCAUCGUCAAGGACACUACCGCUGUUCCGCUAUCAAGCAGGGAGCUGCUACAAAGCUUGGAUACGCUUGUGUUGGGCUGCCAUCAGAGAGGCGAAAGCCUGGAAGAGGUGCAUUUCAAGCACGGCGCUGUUGCUGAGGAUUGCAGGGUGUGGUUAAUGUCGGCGCACUCAGAAGGCGGUCGCUCAUUGGCAAAGGAUAUCGCCGUACGAGCCGGCGAGGUGGUGAGUGCGUUGUCGUCACCAACCGAGGGCGCACGGGAUAGAAUGGUUCUCCACGCCAGGAUGUGAUGGGGAAGGUGGUGCGAAUUGGGCAGGUGCGGGUG